AACACAGCCGGAAGAUGGCCGGGAGCUUGAUUCGCAGAGCCACCCACGACGCAGAGAACCCACUAGAAGCUUCUCUCAGGGAAGCUUUCAACCAUCAACAAGUAAACUCGUUGAUUCUGCAAAAAUUCAGCUAAUCUGGGUGGCCCGUGAAAUGGUGGAUGUGGUUUCUGUUGGGUUUGACGGGUUGUUGGUAGCUCUUCUCAGACAGAUUGUAGGAGGGGAUUUCAGUGAAGAAUAUUGGCUGACCACGGUAGCCUAUCGGGCGAUUCUAGACUGAAUAUGUUGAAGAAAUUGGAGACAGAGUUUUGCAUUCGGGUCUUGAGGGAACGCUUUGACCUGUGUUUGAAGAUAGGGAGGGAUCUUGUGAGGCUUUUGCAAGAUUUGGUCCACAUAGCUGAGUUUAAGUCCAUAUGGAAAGACUUGUUGUUCAAUCCAGGAGAGUUUAGGGUCAAUGAUUUCAAGUCCAUGGUUAAAAUCUAUCGCCUAAAGACUCAAAGUUUGUAUUUUUCACUUAGAAUAACACCCGAGAUGGAGAGAAACUUGAGAUUUUUGCUCACAAAUGUUAAGUUUGGGAAUCAGAAACGGUACCAGGCGUGGUUUGCGAAAAAGUUCCUCUCUUGUUCUGAGAGGGAGACACUUUUGGUAGACAUUGCGAGGAAAAGCUACAUUGAAGCAAACUUCAAGCUUGCUUUGUUUUACGAUUGGCUGUUUUUUUGCGAAGAGGGAGAUGAUGUCAUGAGGGCGGAGCCCGCAAUUCUGCUGAUGGCAAACUCCAUACCAAAAUACAGUGAUAUUACCAAUGCUCUUCUUGAGUUUCUAUUGAUUUUGAUUGACAAUUAUGAUGCAGAGAGGAAAGAUGUGAUUGUCAAUGGGGUAUUAAGUGUGUUUCAUGCUCUUCUUAUGAAUGGCGUUAUUGACUCGCUCGAUGUGUUGGCUCACUCUGACGCGCUCUCUCCCGUGCUGAGAGAAAUGCUCAAAAAAUUGUUAUCUUUCAUGGAAACCUCCCAUACAAAAGAGUUGCAGUAAACCGAUCUUCAAGAAAAUAUUGUACUGCCUGCUAUAUGCGGGCAUCAUUGAUUACCAGAGCAUAAUGGAAACUAGUCUUCUACGCUAUGCAGCUUCGGAAACUUCUUGCUAUGCUGCUAAGUAUAAGGAGAACAUGGUUGUAUUUGAGUUUGACAUCCAAGCAUUUUGCCUCAAGUCAAUGAAUUGCCCUGGCAGGA